CUCAAUACGAAUCGUAGCAACUUCAAGGGUCCCCUUGGCAUAUUCUUCGAUAUAUAAUCGGGAGAUCCCGAGCCACCAUGGGCCCAUCUUCCUGGCCACGAGUUGCCCUUCUACUCUUCCUCACACCUCAGAAGGAACAAAUUUGUCACACCGUCAUCUCAACACGAAUCGUAGCACGCACCAAGUCCCCGACUGCCUUGGCAUAUUCUGCACAAAAUUCGAUAUAUAAUCUAUAUUUGAUUACUCGUACGUUGUCCAAAACUGGAGGCACUCGUAUAUACCUUGCUAAAAUAUUGCUCGAAGCCACAACUUCAGCAUCCUAUGUAGUACAUAAAUUAUAACCUUCAGUGGCAUGAAAUUUUGUCCAAAAGCAACGGUACUGAUUGGCUUUGAACUAGGUACUAUCAUGGUUACCACAACUUCGGACAACCACUGGCUCGGACAUUUUGCAAUAUCUCACUCAACUUUACUUCAAAUCAUAUUCUGCACAUAUCAUUGUACAUUUGUACGAGUG